GCGUCUCUGGUUUCGUGGAGUCGCCAGGUGCGGGCUAGAGCCUGCCAUGGAAUAAAACCUCUAAAAUCUGGAGGAUUAUUGUCUUGUAUGACUGUUCAGAGGAAAUCUAUCUGUUUAGUUUUCAAGAAAGAUGGAGGAAAAUUCCCCAUCAACACCAACUGCUGUCAACACCCAGUCACACUCUGUCCUGGAAGGACCCUCUUGCUCUUCCUUCAGACAAAUUCCUCCUUCACUUGGGUCCAGUUCCCCCUCUGUUCCUCAAUCUCAGCAUGACAAAUCAGCAGUUUCAUCAGAUCUUAAACUAUCACUUGAUUCCUCUCAGCCUUCCGCACAUGCCACCUCCAAACAGAUAGGCCCUCUCCCUUCAUUAGAUAAGUCAAAACCUGGAUCUCCUGUUUUCUCUGAACCUACAUCAAAAAUGGAAUCAUCUAUAACCCCCUCUCUUACUCCAAACAAAUCUUCACCCCCUCCUUCGCCCAGCAUCUCAACCCCUCAAAUAUCCAAAGUUUCUUCCUUUUCCCAGCUCAGUUCUGCCUCCUCUACAUCAGCCAGCUCAUCCUGUAACACUCAGACAGAUUCCCAUCCUUCUUCCUCUGCUGAUGCCUCUGUGGGGGCCACCACUGCCCCCACAAAACGAACCUUUGCGUCUGUGGCCAAACGGGUGAUAAUGCAGGAAAGACUUAGAAAAGCAGAAGAAGAGGAUGCCAAAGAUGAAGAGGAUGAAGAGCCAGAGGAGGAGCUGAGUGUGGAGCAGUUGGAGGAGAGGGCCAAAGCUGGUGAUGCGCGAGCUCAGACCCGGCUCGGUCAGCACUACUUGAUUCUGGCUGAAGAGAAGGAGGCAGAAAUGAAUAAUGAGCAGGCCGUUGACUGGCUCAUUCAAGCAGCCAAACAAGGAAGAAAAAGUGCAGCAAGACUUCUUCAGCAUUGUUGGAUCCAGAAAAAAGGAAUCACCCCAAAGAACGAAGCUGAUGUGCGCAAGUUGUCGACAGAGAGUAGGUUUGAGCUGGCAGUUCGCAAAGCAGCCAUGAUGAUGUACUGGAGACUCAACCCAGAAAGGAAGACGAAGGUGGCCAUGUCAGAGAUGCUGCAAAAUGUCAGCCAGGUUAACGCAGUGCCGGGGGUCGCUGCAAACAGGAUUCCUGCCCCAACUUCAGGCCAGACACAGAAAGUGUUGGAGAGCAUGGUCAGCAGUGACUCCAAUACGCUGGUGGACCUGGAUGAUUUUGUUGAGAUGACUAAAAGGUACGCACAAGGUAUUGUCCCAGCUGUUCCUCGAAAUGACAGCCAGGCCAAAACUGAAAGAUCUGAAUCGCUUUACACUGGCAAGGAGCACAAGACGGAGUUAGUUCCAACAGGAUACAAGAAGCUCCACAAACAUUCAUGGAGUUUUGACUGUAGUGGGAUGCUGGAUACCAGGCAGACUGGUGCCAUUCAAAAGGCCAUGGACAUGAAAUCCCGCUUAAUGAUACUGCAGUACCCACUGCAAGCUGUGCUUGAGAUGAAGGAGCGCCUCAUCGACUGGACAUCGCGGGCUGGUGUCGUGUGGCUCAGCACGAUCAUCCCCACGCAGCACGUCAACGCGCUCAUCUUCUUCUUCAUCAUCAGCAGUCUGACAGUUGACUUGUUUGCUUUUGUUAUCCCUCUGCUUGUCUUCUACCUUUCAUUCAUCUCAAUGAUCAUCUGCACUCUGCGCGUUUUCCAAAGCAGCAAGACUUGGGAGAACUUCAGAGCCCUGACUUCUCUGCUGACACGUUUCGAACCUGGUCUUGAUGUGGAGCAAGCAGAAACCAAUUUUGGCUGGAACAACCUCGAACCAUACCUUUAUUUUAUUAUGUCUGUCUUCUUUGUCAUUUUCUCCUUCCCUGUUGCUGAUAAGAAAUGGAUCCCUUGUUCUGAGCUCUCCACUGUGGCUAUCUUCUUUACUGCUGUCAGCUACCACAGCCUCAGCCCAACCGCUGUGGCCUACGCACGCCGGGCAAUGUUCAUUGAGGUAACAUCAAAUCUGUGCUGCCUGACCCAAUUACUGCCGGAGAACAUGACUGUGCUUCGCUUCCUGGGACGCACCUUCACCAAGUUGCCACUGGGAGACUCUGUUGUGCUGAAGCUCAGUCUGCCAUGUCUCUUGUAUGUUUACCUGUUCUACCUGUUCUUUAGCAUGGCGAGGACACGUGGUUUCCGGGGAACUUACUGCUUCCUGAUUCCGUACCUUGUGUGCUUCAUGUGGUGUGAGUUCUCAGUGGUCCUCCUCCAGAACUCCUCUGCUGUGGGUUUAAUCCGCACUUGCGUGGCUUACUUUCUCUUCCUGUUUGCGCUGCCUGUUCUGGCAUUUGGCCUUGCCACCAUGCUCUUCAUCCAGCUCUUUAAGUGGUUCCUUGGGUUAGAACUGACAAAAAUGAUUGUGACCCUUGUGGUGUGCGCCAUUCCUGUCACCUUACAGCUUUGGACUCGGUACAGCAUGUCUAUUCUGGAUAUCAUCCGAUCACUGACCCACCGCGGCCCCGUCAAAUUAAUAUUACUUUGUACAUCUAUGGCGAUCUUGUUCUUCUCAGUAUAUGUGUACCACGCAGAGGGACAGAAGGUGUACAACUCCACCUUGACCUGGAACCAGUACAGUCAGACUUGUGGGCCCCCUGCCUGGGAAACCAAAGGCAUUGCCAAGACACAGAUCCUCUGUGGACACCUACAUGGACACAGAGUCACCUGGACUGGGCGCUUCAAGCACGUCCGCGUAGCCGAGACAGAAAAUGGGGCACAGUCUGUCAUCAACAUGCUGCCAGUGUUCAUGGGAGAUUGGCUACGCUGCUUGUAUGGUGAGACGUAUCCCAAAUGCGAGCCAAAGAACGCGACGUCUUUAAACCUGUCAGCUGCAGAAGUAGCCACCAGUCCUGCAACUGCUGCCAUUCCACUGCCAAUGCUGCUUCAAAUGCAAGAGGAAGAAGAGUUGUGUCAGGUCAAGGCUCUGGCCAAACACACCUGCCAUGUCAAACGCUUUGAUAGCUACCGAUUCGAGGUAAUGGUGGGUAUGAUCAGGGAUGGAAGUCUGGAGGCAGAAGACCCAGCCAAGGAUAUAAUCCUAAUGGCCAGCCAUGAGUUUAGGCAAGUUCUGUUAAAUCUGGACUCUGGUCAUUUGGUGGAGUUCAGCACAAAACUAGAGGGCCGUCUUGGAGCAAGAACUCCAGCUUUUGAGCUGAAGGCUAUCCACUGUCUGGACUGUGUCCCUUCUCAGCUAACUGGAGGCAGGCAGGUGAAGAUAGAGAGAGACUGGAGGCGUACCACGUUGAAAGCCUUCAAGUUUGCCUUUGAUUUUUUCUUUUCACCGUUCCUAUCAGCUAAACUCCCUGCCUGAGAAGAAAAACAAGAGAGGAAAGGCAAAUUGAUUGUGACACAUCUGAACCUUAACUUCAUCCUCUCCCUUCUGAUGUGACUAUAAUAAUCCAAAAUCAAUUUAAAUUAUAUAUUGACCGAACAUGGAUCUACAAAUUCAGUUUGUGCACAGACAUUUCAUCCUCGUAAUGCAUGAGUUUAUGUGUAUGUAGGAAUUUCAUCAGUAUACUGUGAAAAUGUUUGCAUUUACUGGACAUCGACAUCUAAAUGUUUUUGCAACUGUGUAUUUUUAAAUAAAAAAAAACUUAUUUAUAAAUAGUCGUUAAAUAAAUUAUAUAUCAGAAUAUGCAAUUUAGGUAAUAAUAUACUUGAGUAAGAACACAGUUUUAAUCAUUUUGGUUCUGGACACUGGAGAAAAUGUAGAAAAGAAACAAUGAAAAUGCAAUUUAAGAGCACAUUUUGAGGUUUAAUACAAGGGUUCACCAGUGUCUGCUUCUUCUUUUGUUUUCUUAGUUAAUUUUUAUCAGUACCAGAAUUUUCACGGUGGAUUUGUUUUGGUUUUGUAAUUUUGUAAUUUAUUAUUUGGUAAUAAAAAUAACAACAAAACAUUUCCCUGAAAAAGAAGGUUCUAAAUUUUUCACCAACCACUUCUCCGGUUUUGAUGCAAAUUCCCUCAAAUAAAAUUUUGCAAUCUGUAUUUUAAUAUCCUGUCUGACCUAAAUAUAUAAUUUAAUGAAAGUUGUACCAGUGUCCAGAUAUACAGUAUACUGAUCUAAAAAUCUUCUGUUAGGCUACUUUCUUUCUUUAGAUAUUUUAGUUCUAAUCAGAUAUCUCUAAGUUUUGCUGCAGUUCAAAAAAUUGUUUGUUACAAAGUCAGACACCAACGAUGGCAUUGCAGAUGACCAGAGAUUCAUCUUUCAGUAGGUUUGGCCAAACGUCUCACACAUUCACCUCAGAGGUGACUUUUAAUCAAAUUAGUUUCCUAAAAAAUCCUCCUUUUAUUGAUAGAAUUUGUAUUAAAAAACUUUUAGACAUUUUGUUUUCAUUCCAAACUGAUCAUCCCUUGUGUGAAUAAUUCAUGUAUAAUGAAGUGGUUUGUUUUGUUUUAGAGCUUUUUCUGAUGUCACGCUAGUUUAGAGACAUUUAUGUCAAUAACUAUAAAAGCAUGUUCUUCAAUCAUGGAGAUGAAUCCUACGCAGGGAAUUUGAAUUUUUGACAUAUAAAGUAAGUAAAGAAGAUGAUUUUAUAUUUCUUAAAGACAGAGGUAAAGAGUUAUCUCCUGACUGUAUAGUCAGGAAGCUGAAAAGCAGAUAGAGUUUUACAUGUGGACACUGUUAGACAGUAUUAAACUAUAUUUAAGUGUAACCUUAAUGUGUGUGUGUAUGGUAAUUGCUGCUUAUACCGUGUGAAUAUGUCUUUUUAUUGUGUGACAAAGUUAAUUGGGGGUGUCAGUUAUUAUUAAAAAAUUUUAAAUUGCUUUUGAAAGGUUUUAUUUAAUCUGAUGACCAGGAAGUGCAUUAUAGGGAUGAUAUAAUUAAAAAUGCAUGGUUUAAAAAAAAAAAAAAAAAAAAGGAAUGGUAGAUUUUUUUUUUUUUUACAUCAGCUUUGUUUCUCAUUGUGCAUCCAUUUUUGCAUCAAUCGCAUCACAAGUAGAUUUAUUGCAUCAAUGCUGCCAUCAUGCAGGAGUAAAUAAGCAAAAGACACUGAUAUAAUCCCACAGAGCCUGGCUGUUCCCUUCAUCUGUGGUCUGGUACACACAGUGUCUAUUUCUUUUAGAAAUACGGCAUGGCUCAGUGGGUAGAGUGGUCGUCCUGCAGCCCAAGGGUUGUCGGUUCGAUCCCGGCCCGGAGAGCAAAUGUCGAGGUGUCCCUGAGCAAGACACCGAACCUGAUGGCUCGUGG